ACGUCAACUUCAUGUUCUACGCGCGCGCACAUCUGCGCGCAUCUUAAAGCAAUAUUAUGAUUUAUAUCUCAUUGAAUAUUUAUGUCUUAUUAUAUUAAUUAGUUGAUUGUGAAAUUUGUACUAUCUGACAGUGAAUUUCCUAUAUUAUAUUAUUUUACAUUAUAUUAUUAUAUAUAAAUAUGGCUUAGUAAAUGAUAAUUUAAAAGACAAUACAUGAAAGAUACUGUAAGAACAACAUUAAAUAAAUUUGGCAUGAGAAACACAAAACAAUCAGUGGGUAUUAAUAAUUUCAUUGUAUAAUUUAUUGACGAGUUAUCUGUCUCAUUCAUCAACCGGAUCUAACUUUUUAAUAUUCGCGUAUGUACUCCAAUAAGCAUAUAUCGCGAUAAUGGAAAAAUACUAUUAUUACGCAUUAACGUAAUUGUUCAAAAUGAUAUGGCAAAUUUAGCAGCGACGAGAGUAACAUUCAGUGCUGAUUCGCGUGGUGACGAUUAUGACUACCACGAUCCAACAAGCCUUGCGACCUCUUUUCAUUACGUGCUUUAUUAUUGGUUUAUAUGUCUACCCAUUAAAUAGUUCAGAAUCUCGGGUAAAAUGGGUUAUAUAUUUAAGCAUUCUAUAUUCUGCAACAGUGUGGCUCGUUUACGGUUAUCUUUGGUACUACAUUGUGAGCAUUUUUUCAUUGGAUACAAUAUUUCCUACCACCAUUUCAUUAAUUGUUAUAGAAAUCAACAUUAUUACGACAAUCACAUGUGCGAUUUUUAGCAUAUAUUAUAACAAGAGACUUCAAAUGUGUAUAAAGAAACUUAAUGCAGUGGAUGAUACUUUGAAAGAGCUAGGUAGUUCAAAUAUAUAUCGAAAAAUGCACAUAUGGUCAAAAGGAGUGAUAACAGGAUGGAUUGUGUACAGCUUUACCCUAAAUUUUAUUGACUCCUUAACGUGGCAGAUAUUGCUAAUAGAAAAAGCACCUAUAUGGAGAUUUUUUGUAGCUCAUAUAUACACUUAUUGUCUUCACGUUAAUACAUUUGUAGAUUCAGUAUUUAUCAUUUUCUUAUGGUACAUCGGCACAAGAUUUGAUGAAGUAAACAAGCAUAUGCAAAAUCUAUUGUUAAAGAAAGAGCAUUGGAAUACACGGAAGAAACCUACAAUUAUUGCUCAUCAAUAUACCCUGGGUACUAAUAAUGACAAGCGAGUAUUGUGGAGCUCAAUGCAUCUUCAUUUAGAACUAUGUCACAUUGCACGCGAAUGGAAUUUGAUAUUUGGAUUACAGAUGACUAUUGAAGCAGCAUCCUAUCCAUUAUCCGUAACAGCAUUAUCCUUAUACUUAUACAAAUUCCUAUCGGAUACACUCGAAUAUCGAAAGGGACUGUCAGCGCACCUUUGGCUUCGACUAAUUAACUGGACGUUUGUAAUUGUUGGAAAAAUGUAUAUUUUUAAUUACAUUUGUGAAAAUGUCAGUAUUAAGGCUAACAAAAUUGACAAAAUAGUUAAUGAAUUAUCUCUUCAAUAUCCUGACAGUUUGAGAGAGAUUCAUCAGUUUACUUUGCAAACAAUGCAUAACCCGUUAAAGUUUACUGGAAUGGGUUUCUUCGAGUUUGGUAACAAAUUCCUUAUAAAGUUCUGCACAACGAUUACAACAUACGUGAUCAUCAUGGUACAAAUGUCAAACACUUGAAGAUUUAUCUUACAAAUAAGAAGUCAAUCCUGCAUUUUGUAUUAAGCUUUAUAGCAUCCUAAAAGUCAAAAUAAUUAUUUGUAAUUCUAUAUCGCUUAAGCUAAUGUAAUAAUUGAUACACUUUGGAAAUGAUUUUACCAAUUAAUAAUGUUCUGUUUAUUGUGCUUAACAACAGCAGAAUAAAAAAUGCGAAAAUUGC